UAUUAUUGUUUAUAUUAACAAAAUUUAUUUAUAAACUAACGUAUAGUAAUUGUAUAUACAAAACACUCUUUCUAUUAGGUACUUCCUAUUGCUCACUCAUUCGUUAUUAUACAUUUAGUUUCAAAAUGGCAGCAGCCACAGAUGAGCUGAUGCUAUUGGAAAGAGUAUUUCUAUGUCUUGGAAAUGCCGAUACCGAUGAACAACUCCAAGCAUCAGUAUGCAAAUUUUUACCACCAGUGUUAUUAAAGCUGUCGAGCCCUCAAGAGGGUGUAAGAAAAAAAGUUAUGGGUUUAUUAGUACAUAUAAAUAAAAGAGUUAAAAGCCGUCCCAAAGUUCAGCUUCCUGUUGAAGCUUUGUUGCUUCAAUAUCAAGAUCCAGCAGCUAGUUCAUUCGUUAUUAAUUUCACUAUAAUAUACAUCAAGUUGGGUUAUCCACGAAUGGAGAUGAAAAAACAAGCUGAAUUACUAUCUAUUGUAUUGAAUGCCAUAGAAGGGAAACCUUUGUCUCAUCAAGACAGCCUACUACUAAUGAUAAUGCCUGCCCUGGGUUACAUAGACAUUCCAUCGAAUCCUGAAAAACGUGCUGCCCUUUUGGGUCUCCAAGAUAAACCUUACGUAACAAAACAACUACUGAAUUUUAUGUUGGACAUGUUACUAUUACCUUACGGCUCAAUAGGCCAAGUGAAUGAUCGAGAACCGGGACAAUCUAUCGACUGGUCUCAAUAUCCAGUUCCUCCUGGUCUUAGCGAGUACUCAUUUAAAAAAGUUAUUGGUGACAAUCCUCCAACUGCUGAGCAAUUAGAAAAAAUAAAACUAGGUAUUGUAAAAUUCGUAUCUGGAGGUUUCUUUCCAGAAUCUGAUAUAUUAGUACAUCUAAUCGUAGCCGCAGCAGAUACUCGUUUUAGUGUUGCUAACUUAGCUGAUGCAGAAUUGAAAAAAGUAGUCACCAGUCUAGAUUGGUCAUCAAUGGAAUUAGCUGUUCCACUUUACACACUAUAUUUAGGAAAUACUAAUUUAAAAUCAAGCAAAAACAUUAAACCAGAACAUAAAAGGCAAUCAGCAAAUACACGAAUUCGUUUGAAGCUUCUUCAUUACUUAUGUCGUGUUACAGGCGCUGGAUUUAUUAUAUCAGCAUGUGUAGCAUUAAUUUUUGAUACACUCUAUGGAACCAAUACGAACAAAAAACUUAAAUCUCUUGCUCUAGACUUUACUCUUAAAAUGGUCAUGCAAUGCAAUCUCGAAUCAUUAUCUCGUGUAGCUAUGAUCAUUCAUAACGGAAUGAUAAAAUUCAUUAAGGAUGGUGAACCUGAGUAUAAAAUAAAAGCUUAUAUAAUAGUUGGUCAACUGGGAAGUCGUAUUCCAGAUUUAGUAAAAAAUGAUUUUCGUUUUAUUGGACAUUUCUUUAAAGCUUUAGCAGAUGCUGAUGGUGAGACGAAAAGAAUAAUACGUGAAACAUUAGUUACUUUAUCAUCAGCAUUGGUAUUAAAUCCAGAUGACGAAGUAUCAAUUAAUAGUAUGAUUGAACUUCUUUCUAUUUGUAUUAAAUUAAAAGCAGAACCAAGUGUGAGAUCAACUGCUGUUCAUUAUGUAGCAACAAUAUUUCCACCUAAUCAUAUACCAUCACGAUAUUUAUUACUUGUAUCUUGUGGUGAUGAGAAAAAUGAAGUUUCAUCAGAAGCUAUUAAAGCAUUGUAUGGAACAGCUUAUAGAAAUGAACGUAAUAAAUCUGACAUCAAAGCACAUUUUUUCCCCGAUUUCCCAGAAAUAAUUGUUUAUCUCAAUGAAAAAGCUCAAAAGAGAUUGAGCUCAGCUAAAACAUGUGUUAAUAUUGGUAAUCAUACUUUACCAUAUAAUAUAGCCACUUUGAACGAAAUAAUUAACUAUCUACGGCUGUGUCUGGCUAAAAGCGCAAAAUUACCAUUACAUGAAGGCCUAAUUGAAAAUCAUCCUUGUGAAUAUACUCCUAUGAUUACUAGAUAUUGGAAAGAAUUACUUGAACAGCAUCCAGAAUAUCUAGAUUAUUAUUUGGAACUCGUUACAUUACCUGCUUAUGUGACAUCAGAUGUAAUUCCUCUUACAGCAUUGUUAGAACUUGUUGGCACAAUACCACCUCCAAUGACUAAUCGUUUUGUUAAAGAUUUACCCUGGAUUAGAACGCUACUUGGUUCUAAAAAAGCUGAUGUCCGAGAAUUAGCAGCAAAAAUUCAUGCAAUAAUUACGACUUAUAAUUUUGAUUUGAAAGAAUUUGAAUUGCAAGUUGGUGAGUUAAUUAAUUUAACGAAUAAUCGAGAUGUUGAAACACAACAUGGUGCUGUACUUGCACUUUCAUACAUGAUGGAACGUAAAUUAUUUGAAUUGAGACAUACUGAAAAUCCUGAUAUGCUUCUUAGUUGGCCAAUUUAUAGUGAAACAAUAAAGACAAUGUGUAAUUUCUUAAAAAGCAAUACGAUUCUUUUAUCUGAAGCAGUGGUGCAAGGUAUUGGUAUUAUUGGUAAGGUUUUUCCUUUGCCAUUACCAGCAGAAACUACGGAUGAAGGAUUGAGCACGAAACAAAUAGUUGAAUAUUUUUUUGAAAUUUUGAAUAAUCCUAGAUUAAAUCAUAAGAUAAAAGAAAUUGCCGUGCAAUCAUUGGGAUUUUUAUGCAUUCAAGAGUCAUUUGCACAUACAAAAUAUAUUGUAGAAAAAUUUAUUGAUUUCGCUAAAGAAACUAAAAAUUCUGUGAUGCAUUUUACCAUUGCUGAGACUUUAGUACUUUGUAUACAAAAAUCAGGAGCUAAAGAAGCUCGAGACAUUUGGAAAACGUUGCCUGAUGAAUAUGAACAAAAUUUCUCACAAGAAAGUGAUAAUCUCUUAGUAUUUUUACUUGAUCGAUUAUUAAAACUUGCAAUUGAUCCUCAUCCCAAUUCAAGACAGGCCAUUUGUAUUUGGUUAAUAGCAAUUUUACGUCAUAACGCAAAUCGUAAACAGGUAGUAGAACGACUAAUCCAAAUUCAAAGUGUUUUUAUGGACUUUUUAGCAGAAAAUAAUGAAUUAGUUCAAGAUGUAGCGUCUAAAGGUAUAUGUUUGGUGUAUGAUAGUAGUGAUGAAAAUAAUCGUGAUAUAUUAAUAUCAAAUUUACUUAAUCAACUGUCAGAUGGUCGUAGAAGUGUUCAACAAGUGACUCCAGAUACUAAAUUAUUCGAAGAAGGACAAUUAGGUAAAGCACCAAGUGGUGGUAAUAUAACAACUUACAAAGAAAUUUGUUCGCUAGCAUCAGAUUUAAAUAAACCAGAUUUAAUUUAUAAAUUUUUACAUCUUGCUAAUCACAAUGCUGUCUGGACAUCGAAAAAAGGUGCAGCUUAUGGAUUUUCAGCUAUAGCAUCAAUUGCCAAAGAUGAAUUGAAUAAGCACCUACCAAGAAUAAUACCUAAGCUAUAUAGAUAUCAAUUUGAUCCAACUCCUAAAAUCCAACAAAGUAUGGCAAGUAUUUGGCAUGCGAUUGUUCCAUCAACACAAAAAGUACUAGAGCAAUAUCAUAAUGAAAUACUUGAUGAUCUUACAUCUAAUUUGGUCCACAGUCAUUGGCGUGUAAGAAUUAGUUGUUGUAAUGCAUUAGGAAAUUUAUUAAAAUCUAGUGCAGCAAUUGAUUAUGAAAAACGUGCUCCAGAGCUGUGGAACCAAUUAUUCCGAGUAAUGGAUGAUAUUCAUGAAGAAACAAGCAAUACUGCGAUAAAUACUGCAAAGUUGUUUAGCAAAGUAUGUGUUUCACAAUGUGAUAUUCAACGUGGUAAAUCCGGGGAAAAAGUUUUACAAGCCAUUUUACCUGUUUUAUUAGAUGUAGGCAUUCUACAUACAGUUAAUAAUGUAAGACAACUUUCAUUACAAACAGUAGCACAAUUGGUAUCAAGUGCUGGAAUUUUAUUGAAACCAUCAUUAGUUAAUCUUAUUCCAGCGCUAUUAACGGCUACAGAUGUAGAAAAUACAGAGUUAACUUAUUUAAGUACCAAAUACGGAGGACAAGAGGCUCAAGAAGUAGUUGAUAAUAUGAGGAUGAAUGUUGCUAAAAAUCACUACGCUACAGACACUAUGAAAAAAUGUACGCAGUAUAUUGAUGCAUCGAUUUUAAAAGAAAUGAUGCCGAAGAUAAUUGAAUUACUUAAAUCAAGUAUUGGUCUGGGAUCUAAGGUAUCUAUUUCAUAUUUCUUAGUUUUACUUAGUUCCCAACACAAGCAAGAAUUACAACCGUAUGCUGGUAAAAUUUUAAAUGCCUUGAUGAAUGGUUUACUUGAUAGAAAUGGAACGAUUAGAAAGACAAGUGCUAAUACAAUUGGUCAUAUUGUGGGAUCAGCUAAAGAUUCAAAUCUUGAAAAAUUGUUUAAUACAUUAAACAAUUGGUAUAUGGAAAAAGAAGACGACUUCAUAAGUAUUGCUAUUGGUCAAACUCUACAAUCUAUAAGCAAUCAUAAUCAUGAUGUUAUUAAUAAUUUUUUGGAUAUUGUAAUACCAUUGAUAUUUUUUGCAAUGCAUACAAUUAAAACACCAGAAAACAAAAAUACAAUUGAAUUAUGGACUGAACUCUGGACCGAAGUAGUUCAUGAUACUGAAUCAGCAAUUAAACAGAAUUUAGUUAUUAUUACAGAAAAAUUACGUCUUGCUCUUGAAUCACCUUCAUGGACGAUAAAAGCACAAGCAGCUAACGCAAUUUCUACUAUUGCUCAGAAGAUAAGAUCACCAAUGGAUGAGAACUCUCGAGUUAUUUUAUUGAAUAUCUUGAUUACUCAAUUACAAGGAAAAAUUUGGAAUGGUAAGGAAUAUCUUGUUAAUGCACUAGCUGCUCUAGCUUGUAAUAACAAUGAUGCUCUGGUUAUGGUUGACAAUGGUUUAACUGCUAUGAUUCUUGAUGCAUUGUAUAAAGAAAGCAAAAAAAAUAAUAUUGAGUAUCGAAGACAUGCUUUAAAAGCAUUUGCUGAUGUUUUACAUGGAUUUAAGAUUGAUCGAUUUACACAAAUAUAUGAAAUAGCCCAAGAAAUUUUAAUUAAGAUGUCAAAAAAAAGUGGUAAUAAUGAUGAUAGUAAUAACAAAAAUGACAGUGACAGUGAUGAUGAUAAUCCAUCAGCAGAAGAAGUUGCAAGUAUUCGAGAAAAUAAAAUAAAAUUACAAGAAACAGUUUAUGAUGCUUUAGGUAAAGCAUGGCCUUCUUCUCCAUCCAACAAAGAUACACAAGAUAAAUAUUGUUUAGAAAUUGUUGAACAUUGUUGCAAAAUAUUACCGAAUAGCACGAGGACUAUACAAUCUGCUAUAAUGACGACAUUGAAAUAUUAUGUAGAAAAACUCAUAAUUUUGCAGUUAAAAUAUGUGGAAUUAACUGAAGAAGAUAAGGAGAAAUUAAAUCAAAUUUGUAAAACGCUUUAUCAAAUAUUAACGAUGGCUGUAAAUAUUCCUAAAUAUACUAAAAUUCGAAAAGAAGCAUUAAAUAUUGGAUUAGUUUUAGCCAAAAAUUUAAUUGAAAGUGAAAAUAUACAAGAAAUUGAGUCAUUAAAAAAUGUAUUCCAUCAAUUAUUACCAGAAUUAACUCAGGAUAAUCAACCAGAAAUUCGUAGCCGAGUAAUUGACAUCAAAGCCAUACUAAAAAUUCAAUCGUGAAUUACAUUUUUAUAAUUUAUUGUUUAAUUAUUUGUUAAUCACCAUCUUAACACUACUUAUCUGAUAUUUUUUGUGUCAAUCACUUAAUUAUCAAGUUGAUUCAGAUUUUUAGAUUAUUUGUAGAUUCACCUAUUCAUGUCAAUGGAAAUUUGAUUUUAUUUAUUAAUAC